AUGAAUUUUUUGUUCAUUUUGAUAUUUAUCUAUAUUGAUAUAUCAAAAAGUCAGAAUGGUAAUAAUAUAUCAACAACAACAAUAAGUCCUAUUAAAAAUCCAUAUGAACCAAAAGAUUAUAUUGUUAAUCCACAUAAUUUUUCUUAUAUAUUAAAUCCUGGUUAUUCAGUAUGUAAUACAAGUGAUUCAUCUGUUUAUAUUCUUGUUUAUGUUCAUUCUGGUCCAACAAAUUAUCAACGUCGUAUUGUUAUACGUGAAACAUGGGCAACACAAACAUUAUUUUCUGAUUUACGUAUUGUAUUUAUGAUUGGUAAAACAUCAGAUGAAAAUAUAAUGAAAGCAAUAAAAUAUGAAAAUGAAAUUUAUCAAGAUAUUGUUCAAGAAGAUUUUAUUGAUGCAUAUAAAAAUUUAACAUAUAAAGGUAUAAUGGCAUUAAAAUGGAUAUCAAUAUAUUGUUCAAAAGCAAAAUAUAUAUUAAAAGUUGAUGAUGAUAUUGUUGUUAAUACAUUUACAUUAAUUAAUCAUUUAAAAUUUCUUGAUAAACUUAAUCCAGAUAGAGAACAAACAAUACUUUGUUUAUUAUGGAGUGCUAUGACUGUUAUGAGAGAUAGUAAAUCGAAAUGGUAUUUAAGUAAAGAAGAUUUUCCAUUUGAUAGAUUUCCACCAUAUUGUAGUGGUUCAGCUUAUAUUUUUACUGGAGAUAUGGCCGCAAAAAUGUAUAAUGCUAGUUUAUAUGUACCAUUUUUUUGGGUCGAUGAUUAUUAUAUAACUGGAGCAGUAGCUAGUGCUGCAAAUGUAAGUUAUACACAACUUGGUUCACUUUAUACAGUUUCGGAACAAAUAGCGCAUUCACGUUUUAUGUCUCCGAAAGCUUUUUAUACAAUUAUGUUUGGACAUUUUCCUGGUUCAAUGAAUAAUAUGCGUGAAAUAUGGCGUCGAAUAUUGAUAAGUCAAAAAUAUAAAUAUCCAACACGUGUUCAAUCUUAUUCGUUUAGUUGGGAUGAAAAACUUCUUAUAAAUGAAAAAAAUAUGUCAUAA